GGACUUCAGUUCCCAGCAGGCCGUUCGGCUGCACACAUGUUAGUGAUGGUUGUGUGAGCAGCAGCAGCAGCAGCAUCAUGUCGGUGUUUAUGGAUUUGAAUCUGAGCUACAGCAGCGAUAAGAGCCGCCUGCACAGUCUGAUAGAGAGCGCCGCUCACCUCGGGUUCUCCACAGUCGCCAUCAACUACGUGUUCGAACCCACGGCUAAAAAGAAACAGGAGAUUCCCGCCCCGACGCCGAUCAAUGAGCUGAUUGAUCAGCUGCCAAUUGUACAGGGUCGGUCUCGUCCAAUCAGAGUGCUGAACAGACUGACCGUAGUGAUGUCAGACUCCAGUCACUUUAGGCCCAGCUCUCCAGAGUAUCGCUGCUUCGACCUGCUUGCGAUCCAACCGACCACAGAGAAACUCUUCCACGCAGCCUGUAUGAUGUAUGACGUUGACAUCAUCUGUAUCUCAGUGACAGAGAAACUUCCUUUCUUCUUCAAGAGAGCGCCGGUCAACGGGGCAGUGGACAGGGGUCUGGUGUUCGAGGUGUCGUACUCCGCCUCCAUCAGAGACGCCACCAUGAGGCGUUACACCAUCGCUAACGCAGUGUCUCUGAUGGACAGCUGUAAAGGGAAGAAUGUGAUCCUGUCCAGUGCCGCAGAGAAGCCUCUGGAGCUCAGAGGUCCCUAUGACAUCACCAACCUAGGGUUGUUGUUCGGUUUGUCAGACGGAGACGCAAAAGAAGCCGUUUCAUCCACCUGUCGAUCAGUAAUUCUACACGCAGAAACCAGGAAGUCGGCCUCUGGGAUUAUUUACACCAUGAAGAGCUGCCAGCAGGAGGCUCCACCUGCUGCACACAGUGACGCUCCCGCAGCCAAGAGAGCCAAACCUUACUGAGUGAUUGACAGCUGAGGAGGGGGCGGAGUCAGCAGACUGUUAUUGAUUAGGAAUGUUUAUUUGUGAUCGGUUACUGAUUGAUGUCACUGUUUGUGUUCUAUCAAUAAAACAGACUUCAGAGCA